UAUAUUGCGAUCUGCCACAAGCCUUCUAAUAUUUCCAGGCGUUCAGAAAUGUCUGAAAAUCCUAGCUUUCGGUCACUAAGUCACUCCAUCUCUCUCUACGAGCCUCUAGAACCCUCGAAGGGCGAGCUGGUCAUUCUUGCUACAUGGCUGAGCGGCACAGCAAAACACAUCGCGAAAUAUACGUCCCUAUACAGAGUCCUGGCUCCUAAAGCAAGAAUACUAUUGAUACAGGCACCUCUCGAUAGUUUUCUGGCACCGUAUCCUAUUCAAACACGAAAUAUUCGGCCUGCAAUUAAUCCCAUUGCCCAAGUCUUGGAGGACUGCGAAUCUGAAACGCUUUCUAAUUCCGGACACUCCUUAGUCACCCCCCAUGUACUAUUACACGUCUUCUCAAAUGGUGGUGCAAACAAUGUCCUCCAGCUUCUGAAAUUAUGGAAGUCAGAAACAGGCACCCCUAUGCCACUUUGCGGUCUCGUCAUUGAUUCGGCCCUGGCUACUGGCGGAUAUGAGCAGAACUAUCGUGGCUUCCAACAAAGUAUACCGAACAACGCGAUCUUCAGACUUCUCGGCCCUGUAGCCGCCGGCUAUGCCUUGCUAGUUCUAGAGAUAUCUAUAGCGCUGGGCAGGUACCCAAGGCCGGAAACUGCUAUACGCCAAUCUUUCUUCGAUGAAAUGCUGGUCAAAGUCGGCGGACCUGACAACUUAUCGACUAAGCGGAUCUGCUACUUCGCUAGUAAAGCGGAUCAAAAUACGCCUUUUGAGAAUAUUGUGAGCCAUUCUGAAGAGGCAAAGUGGCGAGGAUGGAGUGUGGAUCUGCACCUGUGGGAUGACACUGGACAUUGUAACCAUUUGGGGAAACAUGAAAAGGAGUACGUCAAGGCGCUGAGGGACAUUUGGAUGCCAAAGAAACAGAAUCCAGUGCGGUCGAGACUGUAAUUUAGACCGAACCAGACACUUUCUUUCAAAGUCUCCAGACAUCCCUGGCUAGAACAUCAAUAGUAGCAAGUGACACAAGAGCGCAUGCUAACAAUGGCGAGAGG